CUUCCUGCCGUCGACGUACUCCCUCCAUGCAUGGCUGCCUGCCACGACCAUCGCCCAAGCGACGCCGACGCCGUUCACCAAGGACGCCGACGUGGACGGCUGGGUCUUCCUCGGCAAGGAAACCGACAUCAAGAGCUUCACAUACGCCGACGUCGCCGCCGGCAAGCGCGAGCAGGUCAUCGACGAGACCAACAAAGACUACGUCUGGCUGCCGACGCUGCCUGAUACGACGCGAUAA